CAUUUGAAUGCAGAUAUCCGACUACCAAUGACCACUUUAUACUCAUUUAUUCAUUUAUAGAAGACAAACAAAUAUUUUAACAUUAUUUCCAUUGCAUAUAAACCGAUUUAUAAGCAAUGGAACAUAUUUGUCGAACAUGUGCAAAAGAGCAAAUUAAUGGGAAGGCUUUAAAACUCUUUGAUCGUAGACACAAAGAGCUUCUUGCUCAAAUUGAGGAUAUAACGGGGCUUUUGUUGGAAAACAGUGGUCUUCCGAAGUUAAUGUGUUCGACAUGCCAUCAAAAUUUGCGACAAGCAUAUCAAUUUCGAGAAAAUGUCAUAAGGGCACAGGCUUUACUAUCUGACCAAAUAAAGGACGAGAGAACAGUCGGAGAAUGCAAAAAUUUAGUAACAACAGAGUUCUUUCACGUUUGUGUAAAAGAGGAGGAGGACCCAGUUAAAUCAGAGACUGAUAUAAUAGAAGAGAAGGAAAUUAGUAUUGAAAGCCAAGACGGAAAUGUACACAGGAAAGAAAGCGGCUUCUGUGUAACACAUCAAAAAGACACAUUAGAAAUAAACCCAAAUGAAGAAGAAAAUUCCAAUUUAGACGAUAGGUGGUCUACCAGUGAUAGCACAGUUGAUUUAAAUUUAUCCAACAAUACACAGUCAGGCGAUGAAAUGACCUUCCGCUCCGAUACAUUACAGCUAAAUAAUGUUAUUAGUACGCUCGAGGAGAAUUCGAAAUCGACUUCGCCAAAGCGUAAAAAAAAUAAAUUUCAAAAAAGAAAUAAAAUUGCAACCACUCUAUCGCGACGGGGAGAGGAAGAAUCUAAAGAGGAAUAUCCCAUAGUAGCGAAAAAGCGUAAAAAGGAAAAAGCAGACAAUCCCAAUCGUUUUAUAUGUGACCAAUGUGGUAACUAUUUCACUUGCAGUCACUAUUUUAAACUCCAUUUGCGUAGACAUGCUGGCGACAGACAAUGUGCCUGCGAGUUGUGUCCUGACAAAUUUUUCACCAACUCCGAAUUGAGAAGGCACAUGAGGAAACACACUGGCGAGAGACCGUUCGCUUGUCAGUUUUGCGAUCGAAAAUUUACCGACUACAGCACAAGAAUCAAACAUCAAAGGACACAUACAAACGAAAGGCCCUUUACAUGUUCACAGUGUGGCAAAUCCUUCACCAGUACCUAUAUUCUAAAAAAUCAUAUGCUAACUCAUACAGGCGAAAGGCAUUUUAGGUGUGAUGUGUGCGACAAAGCAUUCGGUAGAAGGACCCAUUUAGUGGUUCAUUUUCGUUCAAUUAUGCACAAACAAGCUCUUGAAAAGAUCAAAAUUUCCCAGGACAAAAAUAAAACGGAUCAACGGGAAGUUAGCGUCGAUAUUUCGUCGUUAUUAAUUUAAUAUCAAAAUGGUAUUAGUAUUAAUUACUUGUUUUAAUCAUUUUUGUAAAACAAUGUGUGAAAGAUAAAAUACAUUUUAAAAUAUGAACAGACAAACAGAUUCAUCCAAUUGUCAGCUUAACUUAUAGAUUUGAACUAAAAAUGACAACAAAAUAUAUUUGUUAUAUGUCGAAAAACAGCACUAAACAAUAUAUGCUGAAUUAAGAAUCUAUAUAUAUAAA